CUUUCGAAAAACCGAUAAAAAUAACUGAUUUUACUAUUCUAAGAAAGUCUAAUUAUGCAUGCAUAGUUAUCUCCAAUGUUUGUUGCAAUUCUACCUAGAUUUAGCCAUCUCGUACAUGCCCCCGUCGGAUAUUACUUCUCAAAAAUUUCGACAAGGUGAUCAACAAAAGAGAAUCAAUCUGAUAAAAGAGAGCUUCUGGAUAUGAAGGCCUUUACUCCUUUCUUAGUCCUUGCUAUUGCAGCAACUCUUGCCCCAUCAAUUCUGGCCAAGGAGUUCUUGGUUGGUGACAGCACGGGUUGGACCAUCAACUACGAUUACGAAAGUUGGGUAAAGGGAAAGGAGUUCCAUGUCGGUGACAAACUUGUUUUCAAGUACCCGAAGGGAAUCCACAAUGUCAUCCGAGUUGAUAAUGCUACUGCUUACGAGAAUUGUUUGGCAUCCACUGAAACUGAGACCCUGAGCAGUGGAAACGAUGUAAUAACCCUUACAACCCCAGGAAAAAUAUGGUACAUUUGUGGGGUUUCGAGGCAUUGUGAAGAGGGAGAACAGAAGAUUGCCAUUGAAGUGUUGCCUCAAAAACUAUCUUCCGGAUCAGAACCUUCUCCCAGUACAUCCGCAUCCAAGGGAUCAUCUUUUGCACACACGCAUCAUCAUGGCUGGAUGAUUGCGAAUUUUGGCAUCCUUGUGAUGACCAUCAUAGUUUAAAUUAAUGUUGCAGCAUUUCAGUUAAAUCCCUUGUGUUUAUGAAUUGGAUUCAAGGGUUGUAUUUGUAUUGGAGUUGCAGGCAAGAUUUAUUGAUUACUACGUUAUGAAUAUCAAGCC